GAUAAGUAUACAACUGUGGUUGGUUUAACCAAAAGUACUUGCACUCGAAAAAGCGCGUCACUUAUCACCAAAUUGCAAAUCAGGAAAAAUGAGAAACGUUUGAAUCCCAUAGCCGCAGAGUAUCCUAUUCCGGAAGCUGUAUCAAUCAGAAAACAUAUCACAAUGAACGUCACCGACUCUCUAUUUACCACCGCAGUCUCUGCAGGGGAACCACGCAUGCCGCCAAAAUCACCAGCAUUGGGCACUUAUCAGAAGGGGGAUUCUUCAUUGACAUUCGGAAAGAAAAUCACGCAUCUUUUCGACUCCUCCAGAAACACCCCGGGGGCGCCGCAUUCUUUGUCAUUGUUUUCAUGCAACGACAGUUACCUAACCCCGACGGCAUACCUAGAAUUAGACGCAUUAAGUGACGACAGAGCAAUGACGUAUUUGCCUGUCAUACUUUUUCUCGGUGUCAUCAUGAUUUUCGGAAUCCUCGGGAAUCUUCUAGUCCUGUACAUAUACUGCUCCGACUCCAAGCGGAAACCGGCCAACAACUUCAUCAUCACUAUGGCAUUAUUCGAUUUCCUGGCAUGCGGCAUCGCCAUCCCACUAGAUAUCUAUGAUAUGCGCUUCCACUACACCUUUUUCAACCCUGUGGCGUGCAAAGCUUUCCGAUAUUCCGAGUCUGCUUUCACCAAUGCUUCAUCAUUCAUUUUGAUUCUGAUUGCCAUUGAUAGAUACCUGAAGAUUUGCAAACCCCUUUUACCCGAAUCCCCAAAUCGAAGUAAGCUUAUGUGUACUGUAGCGACCGUAUUUGGGUUUGUAAUUGCGGCACCGACUUGUUUGCUGUUCGGCAUCAAGCGUAAGCAAAUCUAUUUAAGAAAGUACUGCGGAUUUGAUUGCACCGUCUCAGAUGAGUACAGAAACACUAAAUUCAAUAAAUAUUACUACGCGUUGUUACUUGCUUUAUUUUUCAUAACCUUGUUUACGCUGAUUGGGUUUUACCUCCGUAUUUGGAUUGCUAUUAGAACUAGAAGAAACAGCGUUAUCGGGGACAGACCGUCGGUCAUCCAUUCUUCUGUUAAAAGCAACGAUUCGAAAGAAUCGCGUAGGAGCUUCACAAAACGAAAGAGAAACCAAUCGAGCACAAGCGAUGAUGACGUAUUUGUCAAAAGCGACAGCAAACAAAUGCUGAACAAUCACCAGUCGUGUACUCCGCGAAAGUCGCGCAUCGAUCGAAUCGGUUCCAGCGUCACAACGAUGAUCGGAAACGUCCGCUGCACCCGGACAACGAAGAUCUUCAUCGCGGUAUCCAUUGCGUUUAUUGCCUGCUUUCUGCCAAGCAUCACGGUCAAUCUUCUCCAAGCAAACGUGAAAAGCAUUCAGAUGACCAAGUCUGACGUAGUCAAGGUCAUAUUGAAGCUUCUGGCUCGGGUCCAUUUUGUUAAUCACGCCAUUAAUCCGUUAAUCUACAGCUAUCUAAACGUCAACUUCCGCAACCAAUGCGCAAAAGCGUACAAGCGACUUGUUUCCACAUGUAACGAAAAGCUGUACAGGAGAAAAGCGUCGAUUUCUUCUAGAUCUUCUAGGAGCGGAUCAAGUAAAAAGCUGCAAAAGACAGACAGCGAUGUGAAAACAAACGAAGUUCUACUCGAACACACGAAUCAAUCACAGAACACUGAAACCAAGAACUUGUAAAUCAGAUACAAAUGUACAUGUAUAUUUUAUGUUUUUUUUUAAGAACGAUAAUUGAUAUAUUUUUUUAUGAAAAUUGAUUUUGAUUCAAUAAAAUAUUUUUUGAAUAAAUAUGAUUUUUCUACUUUUCA